CAGAGAUCGAGCGCGCGCGCACACGCGCACCGGCAGGCGGCAGGCCACAGCGCGUGGCAGAGCCAAGCGAGCGAAGGAACCGGUCGGCGGCCGCGCGCGCGGGCAUGGACUGGCACGCGUGGCUGUCGGGGGCGCGGCUGGAGCCGGUGCUGGUGUACGAGUACGCGCUGGUGUUCGCGCGCAACGAGCUGGAGCCCGACGACGUGGUCUUCUUCGACCACGAGUUCCUCCACAGCAUGGGCAUCUCCGUCGCCAAGCACCGCCUCGAGAUCCUCAAGCUCGCCUGGCGCGAGCGCGACCGCCGGAGCCGCGCCCGCCCCGCGGCGCUGGCCCGCCUCCUCCUCGGCCGCGUCGCCAGGUACGUGCGCUCGCUCGUGCGACGCGACGAGGACGGCUCCACGGCGCUCGUCCUGGUCCCGAGCCAGCAGCAGCAGCACGACGCCUUCGGCCGCAGCCCGUGCGGCGGCGUCUCCAUGCACAAGCAGCAGCGUCGUGGCGGGAAGGCGCUGCGGCGGGCCAAGUCGGAGCCCAAGGGGCCCACGCCCAGGUUCUCCGUCGGCGGGAGGGCCGCCGCGGCAGUGCACGCGGUAGGCGACGUGGAGGGCGGCGACGGCGACGAGAUGGUCAGGUGGGACCGCCUGUUCCAGGACCUCAAGCCCAACUGACGCCGCCACCGUUUGCCACGCGAUGGAAGUGCUGCUGGGACUAUUGGGACGACGAUCAGUGUUCAGAGUGCUAAUAACGGUUGUGCUUGUGUUUCGUAAGUGAGUCUAGUUGCUUCGCUGUCGAUCUUGUUUGCGUGUAAUGUACAGUCUAUGUUAGUCUAUGCUUGGAACUGGCCAUCGGACGUCUGGUUUUGGCGUAUGAUGGGAUCUCGCCUUGAAGUUGUUGACGUGUAAUAAACAUGAUGUUGAUUUCUCUCGUCUGCUACUGUUCUUU